CGCUAAUCACUGCGCCACCGCCCUCGAUACACGCACACACGCGCACCAUCCCAAACCUUCAGUGGGUCUCCUCUCCCCUCAUCCACGGACUGCCGCUUCGCUCUGCAUUCUAAUAUGUAACUCUUUGGUUAAGAUAACAGCUGGGCACACACACACACAAUCGAUCCAUUCAGCAGUGCUGAGGAAAGGCACCACACUCGCAAAUUCCAGCUACAGCUAUAUAUAGCGGCAGAACGCUCCUCGUCACUGCUGCUGGCAUCACAGCGUGGAGUUGCAGCAGUGAGUGUAAAGUGGCUAAGGCAUACAUUGGAGUGAUCCCGAGAUAUAGGUGCCAACUCUAAUGCGUGUAGGUCAAGGUAGGACUAAAACAACAGGAAUUCACACGACAGCUAAACCCGUAUAGGGCUCACUCUAUACACAUACAGCGCACAAAGUGCGAGGCUCGAAGAGAAACAAUGAUUCUCUCUCGCCAAGAACAAAGACACGUCGAAGAUUAGAGGGCCGCCAGUGCAGGAGGGCACGAGCACGUUCUACGGACGCGCGAGCCUUCAGUGAUUGCGGAGUGUUCCGCUACUCACAAGCCGACUAAUUGUGGCGACUCCUCGGGAUCUCGCGGAGGCAGAAGGACGCAAGCAGUGCGCGGCGCUGCCAUGAACACGAUCGCCACGUGGGUGAGGAGGCAUUCGUGGCUGAGCAGCGUGGCCGCCUUUGGGAUCCUCUUCGCCGGUGCCGACGCGGUCCAGCAGAGAUUCAUGAGACCCCCACCGCCUCCCAGCCACCACCAGCGUCCCCCCCAUCACCCUGACAGGGCCCGCACGGCACGGGCUGCGCUGCUGGGCCUCACGUUCCACGGCAACUUCAACUACGUGUGGCUGCGGGGCCUGGAGAGGGCGAUUCCGGGGAGUGCGGCGCGGGCAGUGGUGGUCAAGGUGCUGGCGGAUCAGACGGUGGCCGGGCCCAUCACCAUCUCGGCCUUCUUCACUGGGAUGAGUCUGCUGGAAGGAAAGCCAGACAUUUAUAAGGACCUCAGGCAGAAGUUUUGGCCAACCUAUAAGACAGGCGUUGUUUAUUGGUCGGCGAUGCAGACCAUCAACUUCACGCUGGUGCCUCCGUACGCGCGUUCAGUGUUUGUGGGCGUCUGUGCCUUCUUGUGGACCUGCUACCUGUGCUACGUGCGGCAGCACAGCUCCGGGACAGACAGGGAGCAGCAGCAGCACGAAGUAUGGGAGCACAAGGAGCAGCACGAGGAGCCAGGAGGUCCGGGGCAGUAGCCACAUGGGUAGAGGGGCAGGGUUAACCUGAACUCACGCCCUGGGCUAUGCCACACAGGAGAGGAGAAACUCUGCAGCACCAACUCAAGGUUUCUAUUUAAAGUUACUCAUCGGGUAUUAUCAAUGAAGCGCUGCAGUGAGGCAUCUCAACGAGACUUUACAUUCUUAUUCUGAACAAACCUUUAUUCAAUGAGGCUUCUCAUUGAGAAUUUUCUGUAAAGCACCUCAAUGUAAAGGCACAUACAACCAAAUCAACCUGAAUGUGCCCAGUCACAUCAUAUCUCAGAAGCUAAGCAGUGCUGAGCCUGGAUUGGGUGGGUGACCACCUAAGUAUAAUCCAGGGCUUGCCAGGUGUUUUAGGCGAGGGGCUGCAAGGUAGUAGCCAGGAGAUGGUAGUGGCGAGUAACACUCUUUUGAGUGAUACUCAAGGGUGAUGCGGUGGCGAGAUGUUAACUACCUCGCCUGGUAUACAGGAGGUCGUGGGUUCAAUCCCGACCUUAAUGCCUGUACAUUUGGAGUUUGCAUGUUCUCUCUGUGGUCAUGUGUAUUUUUCUCCAGUUCCUCUGCUUUUUUCCUCCACAUUUAGAAUCAACACGCAUUUAGAGUAUUUGGCUACAAUACAUUUACACGCGAUAAGCCACUUUGUUGCGCUAUCAUUUGUGGCCAGAUCGCUUCUGAAAAAUAGCUAUAUAGCUCAGUGGGCCCUUACCUCGUAAAAUAAAAAAUUGUAAAAAAAAAGUUUUGAAUGUCUGGGUUUUAUCUGGUUAGUCUGGUUUCCUCCGACCUGUAGCUAAACAAUGCACCAAAGGGAUUUGCUACAUCUCAAUUCAGGCUACUCCUGAAAUAUUGUUGAGGCUCGUCGAGGCUUUCUUGGGUAAAUAAAUUAUUGGCAUUCUAACAGCGUUGCUUGGUCAGCAUUACUCAAAUCUAGCUGGACGUGCCAUGACACGUGUGCACAUGCGAAGUCUUAACAAGCACUGCACCUCUUCAGCCAAAGAAGAUAUCGCUACGUGCCUGCUGUCAAUAGGAAGACUUUAUUCAAAAUUUGUUCAAGGCUAUUAUUCAAGCACAUUCAUUAAGUACCAUCUUGGGAAUGUACUUUGUAAACCGAGCAAUCAAUAUUGUGUACAGUACCCAGAUAAUAUAAAUUUUCUAAGAAUGAAAACAUCCAAUUUUAUGCCAAUUUAAGCUGAGCUUUAAAAACGUAAAAGUAACUUUGGCAUGCCUCUAAGAACUUGUAAACAUUAACCCAUGAACAAACUUCAGACUCAAUCAUAUAUAUUUAUAUAUACAUAUUGAACCAAAAUGAAAUAAGGAAAAUAAAGUCUGCAUGGCAGUUAUUUGCAGUACCAAAAUAUAAGCGAUAUGCUUUAAGUUAACUCACGCUGCUUGUAAAUUACUUUAGUGGCCAACCAAGAUACAGGCAUUGCACAUGACAGAUGCAGCUGGCAUCAGAAAUGAGCUCACAGGAAGAAUACACAUUAAGCAAAUCAGCACAGGAUACACACACCUCUUCGCUUCACAAGUUCACCUCUUCGUUCACCUCUUCGCUUCACAAGUUCUCACGAUUUACCUCAUUGGCCAGUUGCAUAACGACCCUUGAGUUGAACUUACAGGCAUGUCUCACUUCACGAGCGAGAUACAUUGUGACAAAAGCUUGUUAAGCAAAAACUUGAGCAACUAAAAUUGUUUUCCCACUGACUCCUAACCAUUGUUAAAAACUGACCUACGUUUCAGCCCCACCAUUUUCCACUCUUGAACAACGUUUUUUAACGAGAAAUAUCAUCAGGUCCUGAUGGUAUACCAGCUGAAGUACUGGAAAUGGGGGGGGGAGAAACAUGCUCCUGGUCCACUGAAGAACACUGCUGACUGACGCAGCACUAACAUCGUCACCAGUU